AUGAGAGGUAUAUGUCUAAUUGGUGAUAAAUCCUUAGUUGCAUUAUAUGAUACUGGAGCUUCGUAUUCGUUUAUUUCGUUUGCUAAAGUUGAGGAAUUAGGCUUGAAAGUGUCAGAGUUAUCUUUUGAUCUGCAUGUACAUACUCCGCAUCAAACAGUUAUGACUAGGUCAGGUUGUAGACAAGUAGGGUUCAAGCUUGAGGGUAGAGACUUUGUGCACAAUUUAAUCUGCUUACCAAUGGUGGGGUUAGAAACGAUUUUGGGGUUUGAUUGGUUGUCCAAAAAUCGGGUUUUGUUGGAUUGCUUUGAACGGACUAUUCAUUUUAUGACGGAAGGAGAGAAUGGAGCAGUGGUAGCUACGGGGUAUUACUUAAACUCUGUAAUGGUGCAUUGUAAUGGGGAGGAGUGUCAGGGUUAUAUUCUGUUGGCUGCAAAUGUGUUGGGUGAUGCCCAGAACUUAUAUCAGAUUCCGGUGGUUAGAGAUUUUCCAGAAGUGUUUUUGAAAGAUAUCCCUGAAUUUCCACCUCAAAGGAAAAUUGAAUUUGCAAUUGAAUUAGUGCCGGGAACAGGACCAGUGUCGAUUGCGUCAUAUAGAAUGGCUUCGAUAGAACUCGUCGAAUUAAAAACUCAGUUGGAAGAACUUCUGAAUAAGAGGUUCAUUCGACCGAGUGUAUUACCAUGGGGAGCGCCAGUUUUAUUGGUGAAGAAAAAAGAUGGAGGAAUGCGUUUGUGCGUGGAUUACCGAUAG